UUCGGUAUACAGUCCAGUAGUGCCCAUUCCUGAAACCUGCUUCCCCAGACUCGCAGCAGCACCUUAUCUCCAAAACCCCAAUUCUAGGGUUUUACCCAUUCCCCUAGGAACUCUCCUCCAAACCCCAAAAAACCCACACUAGGAUUCGCACCAAUCGUUCGUUGCUCAAUUUGAUCGCUAAUGGAACAACCACCAGAUGCACUCCCAAAAGAUAAAACCAGUGGCAACCAGAGGAGAAAGCUGCCAACCCCACGAGAGCUCGUAUCCCACUAUGAAUCCCAAGGGCUUGACUCCCAAGAAGCCUCCGUCAAGGUCAUAGAGGACCUCCAGAAUGCCCUCUUCAGGGUCAUUUCCUCUGGGAGAGGCAGAAAGGACAAGUUCAUGGCUGAGACCUCAAGAAAGAUUGAUGCCACAAACAGCAGGCUUGCAGUUCUUGACAUGAAGGUGGAUUCCAAGCCUGGGUACGGAGAGACUUUUGCCAUUGGGGUUGCUUCUGGUGUCACCUUCAAAGGAAUUGGGACUAUCAUGCCUCAUGUUCUUGGGGCUCUUUGUCAGAUUUGGAAUUCUGUUAGGAGUUCUACCAAGUCUUCUCCUUGAAUGAAUCUUUUUUCUUUUUCUUUUUGCUGCUGUGGUUAUUCAUUGCGCUUUUUCCUUUUUUUUUUUUUUUUCCUCCUGUUUGGACUCUUAAUGGGUGAAGUGAAGGAAUUUUUUUGUUUCAGUUCUA